AAGAAGCCGCAGUCCUCGUGCGCUGUCUGGCAGGGGAAAGGAGGCUGGAGCUGGGGGCCCCCGAACGGUGAGAGGAACCCAGAGAAGGAGGAAGGAGGGAGACUCCAGCACGCAGGAGUGGAAUUUGGAGCCUCCUAGAGUGCUGGAAUCACCUGGCUGAUUUGUCCUUUCUUGAGCCUCAGUUUUCUAUUCUGUAACUGGAGUGACAAUCUAGUAAUCAUUGCCAGUCAGGCAGUUGACACGCCUCCUCGUCAGACCGACAGCCCUGCUAACCAAUCAUCUCUGAGGACGGCUUCGGGCAGCGUUUCCAUUGGUUCGCUCCACCCUGGAGGACAAUCUUUUAUUAACUGCUUACUUGUCAUCAUGGGUUUCCGAACACAAUUGAUGCUGCUGCUUUGGAAGAAUUUCACAUAUCGCAGGAGACAGCCGGUUCAGCUCCUGGUCGAGUUAUUAUGGCCUCUCUUUCUCUUCUUCAUCCUGGUGGCCGUCCGUCACUCUCAUCCACCACUGGAGCAACAUGAGUGCCACUUUCCUAAUAAGCCACUGCCGUCAGCGGGCACCAUCUCCUGGCUCCAGGGUCUCAUCUGCAACGUGAACAACUCCUGCUUCCCAAAGCCCACGCCAGGGGAGGAGCCAGGCUUCCUGAGCAACUUCAAUGAGUCUCUGGUGUCCCGGCUCUUAGCAGAUGCCCGCACUGUACUUGGCGGAGCCAGUGCCCGCAGGACGCUGGCUGGCCUGGGUUCCCUGAUGCCCAUGCUCAGGUCUGUCCAUAGUGCAGCCCAGCCUCAGCAGGAUGACCAGCAGGAGAGACCUUCCCUGACCACUGAGCUACUGGGGACACUUCUGCAAGGGGAAUCUCUGAGGUCCACCCUGAGCCAAGCACAGGAGUCCAUGGGCAGCUUUGUGGAGGCUGCUGAGGACCUGACCCAGGAGCUCCUAGCGCUACCCAGCCUGGCGGAACUUUGGGCUCUACUGCAGAGACCCCAGGGGACAAGCAGCUCCCUGGAGCUGGUGUCUGAAGUCCUGUGCAGUGCUAAGGGGCCCAGCAGCCCUGGGGGUCUCUCCCUCAACUGGUAUGAGAACGGAAACUUGAGGGAGCUGGUAGAGACGGAGCAGGUGCCUGACCUGUCAGACCACGGCCUGAGCCCUGCCUGCUUAGAGCUGAUGGGGACACUGGGCAACCACCCACUGUCCCGCCUGCUCUGGAGACGCCUCAAGCCACUGGUUCUCGGGAAGCUGCUCUUUGCACCUGACACGAACUUCACCCGGCAGAUCAUGGCUCAGGUGAACCAGACCUUCGAGGAGCUGGCCCUGCUGAGAGACAUCCAGGAGGUCUGGGGCAUGCUGGGACCCCAACUCUUUGGUUUUCUAAACAACAGUGCAAAUGUGGCUAUGCUGCAGAGUCUCCUGCAAGUGCAGGAGAAAAGAAGGAAGCGACCAGGGCCUGGAGGCCAGGCAGGGGCAGAGGCCCUCCGGUCUUUCCUGGAUCCCAGCAAGGGCGGCUACAGCUGGCAGGAGGCUCAUGCUGAUGUGGACCGCAUGGUGCGCACGCUGGGUGGCGUGAUGGAGUGCGUGUCCCUGGACAAACUCGAGGCCACACCCUCGGAGGCAGCUCUGGUGUCGCGGGCCCUUCAGCUGCUGGCUGAGCGACGCCUCUGGGCCGGCAUCGUCUUUCUGGGGCCCGAGGACGCCCCGGACCCAGCAGAAGUGACGGUGCCUGGACACUUGAGAGUAAAGAUUCGCAUGGACAUCGAUGAUGUCACCAGGACCAAUAAGAUCAUGGACAAGUUUUGGGACCCAGGCCCGGCCGCAGACCCCUUGUCGGACCUGCGCUAUGUGUGGGGAGGCUUCGUAUACCUACAGGACUUGAUAGAGAGGGCGGCUGUGCGUGUGCUCAGCGGCGCUGACCCCCGCACAGGCCUUUAUCUGCAGCAGAUGCCCUACCCGUGCUACAUGGAUGACGUCUUUCUGCGAGUGCUGAGCCGCUCGCUCCCGCUCUUCUUGACGCUGGCCUGGAUCUAUUCAGUGGCGCUGACCGUGAAGGCCGUGGUGCGCGAGAAGGAGAUGCGGCUGCGCGACACGAUGCGCGCCAUGGGGCUGGGCCGCGCGGUGCUCUGGCUCGGCUGGUUCCUCAGCUGUCUGGCGCCCUUCGUCCUCAGCGCCACGCUGCUGGUGCUGGUGCUCAAGCUGGGUGACAUCCUCCCCUACAGCCACCCGGCCGUGGUACUUCUCUUCUUGACAACCUUCGCAGUAGCCACGGUGGUCCAGAGUUUCCUGCUGAGCACCUUCUUCUCCCGCGCCAACCUGGCCGCCGCUUGCGGAGGCCUCGCCUACUUUGCUCUCUACCUGCCCUACGUGCUGUGUGUGGCCUGGCGGGAACGGCUCCCCGCGGGGGGCCGCGUGGCCGCGAGUCUGCUGUCGCCCGUGGCCUUCGGCUUCGGGUGCGAGAGCCUGGCGCUGCUGGAGGAGCAGGGCGAGGGCGCGCAGUGGCACAACCUGGGCCGCGCGCCCGCGGCCGACGUCUUCAGCCUAGCUCAGGUCUCGGGCCUCCUGCUGCUGGACGCUGUGCUCUACGCCCUCGCCAUCUGGUACCUGGAGGCCGUGUGCCCAGGCCAGUAUGGUAUUCCUGAACCGUGGAAUUUCCCCUUUCGGAGGAGCUACUGGUGUGGACCUGCACCCCCAAAAGGCCCUGCUCCAGCCCCUGCCCCGCAGGAUCCAAAGGUGCUGGUAGAAGGGGCACCGCCUGACCUGUGUCCAGGAGUCUCCAUCCGUGGCUUGGAGAAGCACUUCCCAGGUUGCCCACAGCCAGCCCUGCGUGGGCUUAGCCUGGAUUUCUACCAAGGCCACAUCACGGCCUUCCUGGGCCACAAUGGCGCUGGCAAGACCACCACGCUGUCCAUCCUGAGUGGCCUCUUCCCACCCAGCGGUGGCUCGGCCUUCGUCCUGGGCCACGAUGUCCAGUCCAGCAUGGCAGCCGUGCGGCCUCACCUGGGCUUGUGCCCGCAGCACAACGUCCUGUUUGACAUGCUAACAGUGGAUGAGCAUGUGUGGUUCUAUGGCCGGCUGAAGGGUCUGAGCGCAGCAGCUGUGGGCCCUGAGCAAGACCAGCUACUGCAGGAUGUGGGGCUCAGCCCUAAGCGGAGUACACAGACACGCCACCUCUCUGGUGGGAUGCAGCGGAAGCUAUCAGUAGCCAUUGCCUUUGUGGGUGGUUCCCGUGUUGUUAUUCUUGAUGAACCCACUGCCGGUGUGGAUCCUGCUUCCCGUCGAGGCAUUUGGGAGCUGCUGCUCAAAUACCGAGAAGGUCGUACACUGAUCCUCUCCACCCACCAUUUGGAUGAGGCUGAGCUACUAGGAGACCGGGUGGCUAUGGUGGCAGGUGGCCGCCUGUGUUGCUAUGGUUCACCACUUUUCCUGCGUCGCCACUUGGGCUCUGGCUACUACCUGACACUGGUGAAGAGUCCUCCGGGCAUGACCACAAGAGAGGGUGACCGUGACAGAAAGGACAGACUGGACACUGCACAGGAGCAUGAGUCAGGCAGCCAGGACAGCACUGCAGGGCCAGGGGUGAGGAUCUCGAAGGCCCCUCUCCCCCCAGAUGCACCCCAACUCCUGAGCCUGGUGCGGCACUGGGUGCCAGGGGCACAGCUGGUGGAGGAGCUGCCCCACGAGCUAGUGCUGGCAAUGCCCUAUGGGGGUGCCCAGGAUGGCAGCUUUGCCAGGCUGUUCCAGGAGCUAGACAGGCAGCUGGACACACUGUGGCUCACUAGCUAUGGCAUCUCGGACACCAGCCUAGAAGAGAUUUUCCUGAAGGUGGUAGAAGACAACAGCAUGGACCUAGAACUAGUGGGAGCCACCGCAGCUCCCCGACCCUUGGACUCUGAGCCUGGUCCAGAGCCUGAUGGUGUCCCCUGGUCACAUGUGUCCACGACUACCUUGCAGCGCCCAGUACUACCUGAGGACUCCACCCUGGGGAAUGGAGAGCCGGCCGGGCUGGCCUCAGAGACACAAGCCCUGCAGGGUUCUGGGCCAGACAUCACAGGCCGGGUCCAGGGCUGGGCCCUGACCCACCAGCAGCUCCGGGCCCUGCUUCUCAAACGCUUUCUGCUUGCUCGGCGCAGCCACCGAGGUCUAUUUGCACAGAUCAUACUCCCUGCCCUUUUUGUGGGCCUGGCUCUGGUAUUCAGCCUCAUCGUGCCUCCUUUUGGUCACUACCCGGCACUUCGACUUAGACCCGCCAUGUACGGGGCCCAGGUGUCUUUCUUCAGUGACGAUGCUCCAGGGGACCCAGACCGGGCCCGUCUGCUUGAGGCGCUGCUGGAGGAGGCUGGCCUGGAUCAGCCGGAAGUACACAACAGCUCCACCAGGGAUGCUGAGUGUCUGCAGGGCCCUGCGUGCCACUUCUCAGUCCCUGAGGUUCCCGCUGAUGUGGCCCAGGCCCUGGCCAGCGGCAACUGGACACCAGGGUCCCCAUCCCCGUCCUGCCAGUGCAGCCGGCCUGGCGCCCGCCGCCUACUGCCUGACUGCCCCGCUGCGGCUGGGGGGCCCCCGCCCCCCCAGGCCCUGAGCAGCUCAGGGGAGGUUGUGCAGAACCUGACGGGCAGGAACCUGUCCGACUUUCUGGUCAAGACCUACCCACGGCUGGUGCGCCAGGGCCUGCAGACCAAGAAGUGGGUGAAUGAGAUCAGGUACGGAGGCUUCUCACUGGGGGGCCGUGACCCAGGCCUGCCCUCAGGCCGAGAGCUGGGCCACACGGUGGAGGAGCUGCGGGCACUGCUGAGCCCUGAGCAUGGUGGGGCCCUCGAUCGCGUCCUGAACAACCUCACGGUGUGGGCUCUUGGCCUGGAUGCUCAGAACAGCCUCAAAAUCUGGUUCAACAACAAAGGCUGGCACGCCAUGGUGGCCUUUGUCAAUCGAGCCAACAACGCACUCCUACGUGCCCAACUUCCCACGGGCCCUGCCCGCCAGGCCCUCAGCAUCAUCACGCUCAACCACCCCCUGAACCUGACCAAGGAGCAGCUGUCAGAGGCUGCACUCAUGGCCUCCUCCGUGGAUGUCCUGGUCUCCAUCUGUGUGGUCUUUGCCAUGUCCUUCGUCCCAGCGAGCUUUAUCCUGGUCCUCAUUGAGGAGCGUGUCUCUCGGGCCAAGCACCUGCAGCUCAUAGGAGGCCUAUCUCCGACCCUCUACUGGCUGGGCAACUUCCUCUGGGACAUGUGUAACUACUUGGUGGCAGCAUGCACUGUGGUCCUGAUCUUCCUGGCCUUCCAACAGAAAGCCUAUGUGGCCCCUGAGAACCUGCCUGCACUCCUGCUGUUGCUGCUACUGUAUGGCUGGUCAAUCACACCACUCAUGUACCCAGCCUCCUUCUUCUUCUCCGUGCCCAGCACUGCCUAUGUGGUGCUCACCUGUAUUAACCUCUUUAUUGGCAUUAAUGGCAGCAUGGCCACCUUUGUGCUCGAGCUCUUAUCUGACCAGAACCUCCAGAAUGUGAGCCGAAUCUUAAAACAGGUAUUCCUGAUCUUUCCCCAUUUCUGCCUGGGCCGAGGACUCAUUGACAUGGUGCGGAACCAGGCCAUGGCUGAUGCCUUUGAGCGCCUGGGAGGUAGCCAGUUCCAGUCACCUCUGCGCUGGGAGGUGGUUGGCAAGAACCUCCUGGCCAUGCUGGUGCAGGGACCCCUCUUUCUCCUCUUCACGCUUUUGUUGCAGCACCGGAACCACCUCCUACCACACCCGAAGUUGCGGCCACUGCCACCCCUCGGGGAGGAGGAUGAGGACGUGGCCGAGGAAAGGGAACGGGUGACCAAAGGAGCCACCCAGGGGGAUGUGUUGGUGCUCAGGGACCUGACGAAGGUGUACCGGGGGCAAAGGACACCAGCUGUAGACCGCCUGUGUCUGGGGAUUCCCCCCGGAGAGUGUUUUGGGCUGCUGGGGGUGAACGGAGCAGGGAAAACGUCCACUUUUCGCAUGGUGUCAGGGGACACGCUGCCCAGUGGAGGCGAGGCCGUGCUGGCAGGCCACAGCGUGGCCCAGGAACCAGCCGCUGCACACCGCCGCAUGGGCUACUGCCCUCAGUCCGACGCCAUUUUCGAGCUGCUCACAGGGCGUGAGCACCUGGAACUAUUUGCACGUCUGCGUGGAGUCCCGGAGGCCCAGGUGGUGCAGACUGCCAGCUCCGGCCUGGCGCGCCUUGGUCUCCUGGGGUACGCAGACAGACCCGCAGGCAUCUACAGCGGGGGCAAUAAGCGGAAGCUGGCGACGGCAGUGGCUUUGGUGGGGGACCCGGCAGUGGUGUUUCUGGAUGAGCCCACCACCGGUAUGGACCCCAGCGCAAGGCGCUUCCUCUGGAACAGCCUCCUGGCUGUGGUGCGGGAGGGCCGCGCCGUGGUGCUCACUUCGCACAGCAUGGAGGAGUGUGAGGCACUCUGCACGCGCCUGGCCAUCAUGGUGAACGGGCGGUUCCGCUGCCUGGGCAGCGCACAGCACCUCAAAAGCAGGUUCGGGGCUGGCCACACGCUGACCCUGAGGGUGCCCACACACCGCCCAGAGCAGGCAGCGGCCUUUGUGGCAGCCGAGUUCCCAGGGGCUGAGCUUCGGGAAGCGCAUGGGGGCCGCCUACGCUUCCAGCUGCCUCCAGGAGGGUGCUGUACCCUGGCGCGAGUGUUCGGGCAGCUGGCGGUGCAUGGCUUUGAGCACGGUGUAGAGGACUUCUCCGUGAGCCAGACCACGCUGGAGGAGGUAUUCCUGUACUUCUCCAAGGACCAGGGGCAAGAUGUGGAUGAGGAUGAGAACCAGGAGAAGGAGGCAGAGAUGGGGGUGGGCCUGGCACCAGGCCUGCAGUGCCCCACACGCACCUCGAGUUGGUUUCUUGAUGACCCUAGCACUGUGGAGACAGUGCUCUGAACCUUCCUGUCUGGGGGCAGGGGGAAGCCCCCAAUGCCAGAACAAAACAGGUGAGGUUGCUGGUCAUGAUGAUCCAUACCUAUCAUCCCAACACGCAAGAGACUGAAGCAGGAAGACCACUAAGAGUUGGUGGCCAGCCAGGGCUGCAUAGUUCAAGGGCAGCAUGGACUACAUCCAUAACAAGACCUUGACUCCAAACAAACAAAAAUAACUCUAAAGGAGAUAUGAAAGACCAAGGAGCUGGGCUGAGCUCCCAGUGAACAUAAAGCCCUGGAGAAAUAAAGAGAAG